AUGUUCCGACCCAAACAGCCCUUUGAGGGCAAAGAAGAAAUAGAGGCCCGGCUAACUGCAACAAAUGACGAUGGUCUGACUGUCAUAUCGUCACAAUGCAUCUCAUUUGCAAAAGAACAACCUGAUAAUUUCAUGAAUUACCUGCGACAUGCUUGGAAACAAGAUGGACCUAUCUUUCGGGAGGACAAAGACCUACUGAAUGCAUUACAACUUGUCGAGGUAACACGACCUGAGGGUGAGGCAGCUAGACUGGUUUCAUUAUAUCUCCCGUUCCCAAAGUUGGUGUACUUGCGAAAUCGGUAUCUGCUCCCCCAUGAGAGCUUCAGGCUUCUCUUGUCAGAAUACGAAAUAACUGCGGGCGCUGAUCUUGAGUCCUGGACUGCCCUUGCGGUGGACAUUGAUCUUGUUCGUGAAGAUGAUGCGAUGUUUUAUAUCGAUCUCCUGGCAGCUGUGAAGAGCCAGAACAACAAUGGAGCUGUAGAGUUUCCACGACGAGUCUUGGAACUGUACCUCCGAAUUCAAGCCGCUUGUGAAAUGAAAGGUGAAGAAGCUAUGCAAAAAUGGACGAGCUCUUUGGAUGCAGUCUUGAAAGAGCUUGACAAGAAGCCGGAUUUUCAAUACUCGAAGCAACUUUAUGAUGUGUUGGGUAAGAUAUGGGGGAAUCUUCCGACGAGUGAUCUCGAACGGCUCAGAGUGUAUCUCAAAACCAACCAGUGUAUUAUCCUCUCCGAAAACGACACAAAACGAUUCUCUCUGGCCGAAUGUGUCUGGGCACCAAAGCUCAACGCCCCGGGAACUUAUUUGAUUAAUUCCCAGAGCUUCGAUAUUGGCUGUAUCUUUGACGAACUCGUAAAUAUCACCUCCUUGGAACCGAAAUUUGGCCACCCAAAGGCAGACACCGCAAGAAUACUACUGGUCGCUUUGAGUCGAGAUAUUGAGAAAUAUGGCCGAUAUCUGGAUAAGGAAAAACUCCUCAAAAACGAUAUCUUCCCAGUCACUGGACACGACUGGGAUUCUAAGCUGUGCUCUGCCUCGGCUGAAUUCUACAUAAUGGACAACGCAAACCUCAACACUACCCUUCGCAAUAAGGUUCCGGUCUUAGAUAUUGAUUACACGACCUUUUGGCUACUACAACCCUUCUUUGUUUGGGCAGGGCUCGAAAGCCGUUAUCUCAAGAACCAUCUCACCAUCCACACUGCGUAUGAUCCAGGCUCCGUUACGCCGCCAUACAUACAUUCACUGCGAGCAAAAGCCCUGUUACGGCUCGCUGUUCACUACAAGAGUCCCCAGACACUCACUGCGUUUGGGAGAAACUUCCUAGCUCGAACCCUAGGCAGGACCAGAAUACACUACCUUGGAGAUAACACCAUGACAACAACUCUUAGGAUAAAGAGUAUCGAGGACUCGAGGGUUAUAGCCUCGUAUCCAGAUAUUGUCAUACUCAAAGAUGAUGAUGGGUUGGAUAUUUACCUCGAGAAAAGCUCAGCCGAAGUUGUAAGAGCAGUUCAGCUCCCGGUGAGACUGGCAAAAAUUCUCAUGGAGGACACAAAUGAUAAGUCUAAAACGUCUAUCAAGAUGAUUCUUGACGAAGAGGGCAUAGUUGAUGUGGACAAGCCACAAAGUUCAUCAUACAUACCCGAAAAUGAGCACGGAAGACUGUCGAGACUACUCUUUGAUAGGAAGCCUGAUCGGCCAUCUGGCAAUGAUUUGAGUCGUCCAGAUCAAAAGCCGAAGACCACUGGAGGGAAGGAGGAGAACAACGAUCUCUCUCAGCAACUGAGUUCGUUAAGCUUACAGGGGAAGCAAGAUGACACAGACACGUCUUGGAGCUCAGAUUCGACGAAGAAAACUCUUGUGUAG